AUGAAUCCUCUGUACUUGUCCCUUCCGACGCCGGAAAGUAACGAGGCUUGGAAGAGUCUAUCGGGUCCAAACCGCCACGGUUUCAUUUGGCUCACUCUGGAAGAGGCUGCAGACUACCCCGACACCAAAGCCGGACUAUCUGUGUUCCACCAGUUGCACUGUUUGGGUGCUGUCAGGAAAUUUAUCUGGGACCUCGUUCUCGGUCACGAAGACCCCGAGCAACUAUUGCGCGAGUGGCCGGAGAAUGUCACCUCGCCUAUGUAUCAUUCCGCCAUCCACGGUCUGUGGCAUAUCUCCCACUGCCUGGAUUACCUUCGACAGGGGCUACAGUGCGCAGGUGAUACUUCCUUGGAAUUCGUGACGGAGAUCUCGGGCCAAGCAGUGGUGGAUGGAUUAGGUUGGCCGCACGAGUGCCGCAGCUGGGACUCUAUUUGGGACUAUGCCACUGAGCGUGUUUGGUGA